AGAGAGAGAGAGAGAGACAGACGUUGAAUUCCUGGGGAAGUUAGCCUAGUUUGGGAUGCUAUGAAAAUGACCGGAGCAAUGGAAAGUUCCUUCAAACAGGCUUUGAAGAAGCCGCCCUCCCUGCGGACCGCGGAGGACCUUCACACCAUCUACUUCCACCUAUACCACAUGGACAUCCUCUCUCACCUCAGGGAACAUCAGCUAAGGUCUAUGUGUACGUCUGCUAGGUAUGAGAGACAUGAGGCCAACCACGUCCUGUUCUACCCAGACAGUGUGGCUUGCUGCUGGUACAUCCUGCUCUCUGGUUCUGUAUUUGUCAAGGAACACAUGUACCUGGCGAGGUGCUGUUUUGGCAAGCAGCUGGGGGGCAGACGAGGCUGUGAAUGCAUCACUCUGGAGCCGUCAGAAAUGAUUGUGGUGGACAACAGCAGCGAGGGGGAGGAGGUCGCUUUACAGAGGGAAGGUUCCCAGAGGAGGUCACGGAGGCGCUUUAGGCGGGUCAACCCCCGGGGAGAGAGGGAAAUCAUCACGGACGGCCAGGAUCCCACGUGCUACAACACGCUUCCUGCGGACCUCAAUAAGAUGCACCUGACAGACCACGCCCACCCGCAGGUGAUGCACAUGCCUCCCAGCCAAUCAGGUUGCAGCAUCGCCAGUGACUCGGGGAGCAGCAGCCUAUCAGACAUUUACCAGGCUACAGAGAGUGAGUUGGGAGAUGUAGACCUGUCAGGGCUACCGGAGACGGCAGUAGACAGUGAAGAAGAGGAAGAGGAAGAUGAGGACCUGGAGAGGGCCUCGGACACCCUGCUGGGCCGAGAUCUGGUCCGAGAGUGUCUGGAGAAAGACCCAGCUGACCGAAAUGACGAUGAUAUCGAACAACUGCUGGAGUUUAUGCAUCAGCUGCCAGCCUUUGCCAACAUGACCAUGUCGGUGCGGAGGGAUCUGUGCACCGUCAUGGUGUUUGAGGUGGUGGAGCAGGCCAGCACAGUCAUUCUGCAUGACAAGCAAGAGCUUGACCUGUGGUACGUGAUCUUGAAUGGGGCUGUGGAGAUCAGCCACCCAGAGAGCCGGGUUGAGACUCUGUGUAUGGGUAACAGCUUUGGUAUCUCCCCCUCGCUGGACAAGCAGUUCAUGAAUGGAGAGGUCCGCACCAAGGGAGAUGACUGUCAGUUCGUCUGCAUCGCCCAGGAAGACUACUGGCGCAUCCUUAACCAUGUGGAGAAGAACACACACAAAGUGGAGGAGGAGGGGGAGAUCGUCAUGGUGAAGGAGCACCGCGAACUGGACCGCAGCGGGACACGGAAAGGACACAUUGUCAUCAAGGGAACCCCAGAGCGCUUGAUCAUGCACCUUGUAGAGGAGCCAUCAGUAGUGGACCCCACCUACAUUGAGGACUUCCUGUUGACCUACAGGACCUUCCUGUCCAGCCCUAUGGAGGUCGGCAAGAAACUUCUGGAGUGGUUCAAGGUUGACAGUCUCCGAGACACAGUGACAAGAAUCGUGUUGCUUUGGGUCAACAACCACUUCAAUGACUUUGAGGGCGACCCUGCCAUGACACGCUUCCUGGAAGACUUUGAGAAACAUCUAGAAGCGACAAAAAUGAAGGGCCACCUUCGGCUGCUGAAUAUAGCAUGUGCAGCCAAGGCUAAGUGGAGGCAGAUCACACUCCAGAAAGCCUCCAGGGAGUCCCCUCUCUACUUCAGCCUGCAGGGCGGCAGCGAGAGGUGCUUUGGCAUCUUUGUUGAGUCGGUGGAGGAGGGCAGCAAGGCUAGGGAGGCGGGCCUCAAGCGUGGAGAUCAGAUCAUGGAAAUCAAUGGUCAGAACUUUGAGAACAUCUCUUACGCCAAAGCUGUCGACAUCCUGAGGAAUAACACACAUCUCUCCCUCACUGUCAAAACCAACAUAUUUGUUUUCAAAGAGCUCUUGAGCAGAAUAGCACAUGAGAAGAAGAAUGGCGGUCCGCACAUCCCUAAGAUCCAGGAGAAGAAAGGGAAUCGCUUCUCCAUCCCCGAUCUUCCUGGGGACAUGGAGUUCCCCACUGACCACAAGAGCACCAGGAAGAUGAAGGCCAACACCGUGUCAGGAGGACGCAACAAGAUCAGGAAGAUGCUGGAGAAAACACGCUUCAGUAUACUGCCGCCCAAGCCCUUCAGUGAUGGUGGGGUGGGCCAGUCUCAGGACGACAGCAUUGUGGGCACCAAGCAGUGCCGUCACAGCGUGGCCAUUAUGCCGAUACCCGGUAGCCUGUCAUCUAGCAGCCCUGACCUGCUGCAGCCAGCCACCAGUGUCCUGGACUUCUCCAACCCAGCAGACAUACCAGACCAGGUGAUCCGGGUGUUCAAGGCGGACCAGCAGAGCUGUUACAUCAUCAUCAGCAAGGACACGACGGCUAAGGACGUGGUCGCCCACACCGUCAACGAGUUUGGCCUGCUGUCCUCCCCGGAGACCUAUUCCCUGUGCGAAGUGUCCAUCAGCCCCGAGGGAGUCAUCAAGCAGCGGCGCCUGCCCGACCAGCUCUCUAAACUGGCUGACCGCAUCCAACUCAACGGCAGGUACUACCUGAAGAACAACAUGGAGACUGAGACUUUAUGUUCGGAUGAGGAUGCCCAAGACCUCCUUCGGGAGAGUCAGAUCUCCCUUCUCCAGCUCAGCACGGUGGAAGUGGCUGCCCAGCUCUCCAUGAGAGACUUUGACCUGUUCAGGAACAUCGAGUCCACAGAGUACGUGGAUGACCUGUUUAAGCUGGACUCAUCGGCAGGGAGCGGCCAUCUCAAACAGUUUGAGGAGGUCAUUAACCUGGAGACCUUCUGGGUCGCAACAGAGAUCCUGAAGGAGCCCAAUACGCUGAAGAGAAUGAAGACCAUCAAACACUUCAUCAAGAUCGCCCUCCAUUGCCGGGAGUGCAAGAACUUCAACUCCAUGUUUGCUAUUAUCAGUGGUCUGAACCUGGCGCCGGUUGCUCGGCUACGGAGCACAUGGGAGAAGCUGCCCAGUAAGUAUGAGAAGCUGUUCGUGGACCUUCAGGACGUGUUUGACCCGUCACGGAACAUGGCGAAGUACCGCAACGUCCUCAGCAGCCAGAGCAUGCAGCCUCCCAUCAUCCCCCUGUUCCCCGUGGUUAAGAAGGACCUCACCUUCUUGCACGAAGGCAACGACUCCAGUGUGGAUGGCCUGGUGAAUUUCGAAAAGCUGCGGAUGAUUGCCAAGGAGAUCCGACAUGUCGUGCGGAUGACCUCAGCCAACAUGGACCCUGCCCUCAUGUUCAGACAGAGGUCACUGAGUCAAGGCAGCACCAACUCCAACAUGUUGGAUGUGCAGGGAGGUGCCCACAAGAAGCGGGUCCGUCGCAGCUCGCUCCUCAAUGCCAAGAAGCUGUACGAGGAUGCCCAGAUGGCCCGCAAAGUGAAGCAGUACCUGUCCAACCUCAGUGUGGAGGUGGACGAGGAGAAGCACCAGAUCAUGUCCCUGCAGUGCGAGCCUGCCUACAGCACCCUGUCUAAGAACCUGAGUGAUAGGAGGUCUACCAAAUCGGACAUGUCCCCUGUGUCCUUGCGGUCUGCUGUGCCCUCGGGAAAGGCCCAGAACAGGGUGUCUCAGGUCCUCCAGGUCCAGGUCCCACUGUACCCACUACGGAAGAAGAGCGCGGCCAAGGACAUAGGUCCACCCAACUCUAAUUCUCCUCAGGUGGUAAAGAGACCGCCAGUGAGCUCGGCGGAGGAGUGGAGCACCAAGAAGCAGGCUGAAGACGCCGUGUCCACCGUCUCUUCCCUUCACUCCAGCCCCACGGUGUCCCCGCAGGGCUCUCCACGCAAAGUGGGGGGUGUGCCCAAGUCCCAGAACUCCAGCCAGCUGAACCUGUCAGGCUCUUCGUCAUCACUGACCAGCGACGCGAGCACUAAGGCCGGUACGGCCAGUCUGCGCAGCUAUGGCAUAGGCUACGCCCUCCUGCCAACUGGGAAGGCAGACAACUUGUCGGACUCCAGUCACAGCGAGAUCUCCUCUCGAUCCAGUAUCUGUUCUGUGGACUCCAUGCCCACUCCUGGGCCUGAGGAUAGAUGUAAUAGCAGCAACAAGACCUCUAAUACAAUAGCUACUAUUAAUUUGCCUGUUGCUGCUGCUGCUUCUUCUUCUACUACCACCACUACUUCUAGCACAGCUUCUGCCAUGGUGGACAGUUCAGUGACGACGCACGUGCUCCCAAAUGUCGACUAUAACCUGCCAAGCACAAGCUCAUCACCAUUAGCUCGUGGCUGUGUGACACGCGGCUCUACCUUCGCCUCCUCCAUCUCCACAGAGGAACUGACCCCGGACCACAUCUCGCAGGACUCGGUGGCAGACAGCGGCCGUGGCAGCUGGACCUCGUGCUCCUCUAACUCCCACGACUCAUUCCAGAGCCUCCCCACCUCUUCCUGCCGGCUCUGGGACCACGGCAUCCAUGGACCCCCGUACGCACACCCUCUGCCGCACACACACCUUGGAGGCUUCAGGCACACGCAGCUGGCCAGCUCCAUCGCUGAGGUGGAGGCCGGUUCGGCGUGGACGAGCGUGGCGGCGACAGGGAGGGUGAACGAGGACGCCAUAAAAGGACACACCAGAGACGCCAGCUCAGAGCUUUCUAGUCAGUUGCGGCAGAGCUGGGCAUCAUCCAGCUCGCUGUCGGACAACUACGAGGGGAAUUAUGGGACAGUGAAACGCCGCAACACCUCGGAGAACCCCUCCUCGCCAACCAGUGAGGACGGUGGACAAAGCACAGACCCCGCCUACAAAACGGUGACCUCAAGCACAGAAAAGGGCCUAAUAGUAUACUGUGUCACCUCCCCUGCCAAGGAUGAGCGUUAUCGAGCUCCCCCUCCCACCCCUCCAGGCUACCAGGGGCUGGCCCUGGGGGACCUGGGCCUCUCAGACGGCACUGUGCCGGGAGCAGGCCUGCCCAGGCCCCCUCACCUCCGGCCCCCAGAGUACAGCGUGGCCCUGCAGAGGAGUAAGCUGCUACAGAGCCCUGGAGCGGCAGGCGGACUAGCGGAGGCUCGCAGGCUGGUCGGAAGUCACCAGAACCACCACCAAAACAACCACCACAACCACCACCACCAUCCUCACGCCAAGGAGGCUCGAACUUCAGGAUUCACACAGGGCCAGAACCAGGGCCACUCCAGACCGCCCAGCGUCUGUCUGCCCCCCCAGGGGCUAGCUGACAGUGAAGAUGACGAACAAGUUUCCGCUGUGUAGAGAUAUGAUGUCUUCCGCACAUGCAUGCACAAACACAAACAGCCCAAAUAAGACAAACUCUCUGAGUCGUGUUGGAUGGGCUGUGGACUAAGCUAGCGGCCCGCUAUCCUCACUCCACAGAGCGCACACUCCAGACCCACCCCACACCUCGCUCACCACAAACCCCACGGACCAUAUCGCAGCAGCCGCCAGCCCAGACCAUCGCCACCUGUCUUCGCUGCACUUCACAGGAUCUGUAAACUCAUCUCUCUUUAAAUCCAUUUUCAGAAGAACAACGACACACGCCAAAAAAACAAAAAACAUUUUGAAAGAACUUGAAAAUUAUGAUGGAAAGAACAAAGGGGCGGUGUAAUGAUGACACGUCACAUUCGUUGGAGGGUAAAGCAUCUACAGAAGGCAGUACAAGUAAAGCAAGAAAAGGAAAAACUGAUGACACUGACGACGAUGAUGUCAUCCUCCUCAGCACCACCACGUACCUCCAUUUUGCGAUCCAAGCUCUCUUGUCUAAAAGCGUUUGACAUUGAUUUUACUGUCGCAACAUGUACAGUGAUCGCCUUUUGUAAAAAGAAAAAAAAGUUAUAUUUCAUAGCUUUAAGAUGUGUCCAAAGUGUAAAGCUUUGACAAUAGACCUGAGGAAGGGACAUAGGGGACAAAGAACUAUAUAUAGUCAGCUGUGUAAGAACUCAGCUCGUUUUUUGUGUGUGUGUGUGUUUUGCUGCAGAGUCAUGUGCAGAACAGUAUGAGGCUAUUUAAACCAGGCAAAAAGAACAGACUCGACAGACUCAUCUGAGGUGCUGUACGGGCUCCUGUGCAAGACGUUGUCGAAACAACAUUAAAGGAUUAACAUUAGCGUGCUAUCGGGAUUAAAGCAUUUUGGAAUGAAUCCUUUACUUCAAACUUCAGUCGUGUUUUCCUGGAGAGAUGGCUAACAGUGGCCUCCGGCCAAAGCUAAGCUUUAUCCAUCCAGAGCUCAGUCAAUGUCAUGCUGGAGAAACCAUGAAAGACUCGUGGAGAAAAGGGGAUUGUACUCUCUUCGACUCUAUUCCUGCACCUCUGGAUCUGUAAGCAUGCCUAACAUUAAUGUGGUUGAAACUGUAUUUUCUGCCUUUCUUAUUGGGAUAGUUUCCAUUCAGUAUUGGUCACCCCUUUGCCAAUACGCUGCACAUGGCACUCAAAACUAGAAAAUGGUGGGGAGUUUUCCUUUCUUCCUUUUUUUUUUGGUCUGCAGUCAUAAAGUACUUACAAAUGCAAAUUUCUCCUAUGUGGACACUAAAGAAACGUGAUUAAAAUUUGCCAUUUUCCCUAGAUGGCAUCCUUCACAGGUCCUUACCUGCUGAUUGGCGUUAAGCCCCUGAUCUCCUGUCAAGUCACCUGGAAUGCAAUAAAGAGAGAUGUGAAUGUGUUGAAGUGCAGCACUCCCAGACAUCACGGCAGGAAAGCACCACAGUGAGCUUGGCUGUGGUGAUUCCACUGCACAACCUGUAUAAAAAAAUAGGAAUUACCUGGUCUGUUGCUCAGCGCUAGCUUUCGUCCUACACACCUCAUAGCUUUUAUUUUUUUAUGUCUUUUAGAAAGACAACAAGAUUCUGCUCGUACGCCUUUUAUGUAUUUUUACCAGUGAUUGUAAAUAGUUGUUAUAUUUUUGUUUAAGAGAAUGUUUAAAGAUAAAAAAGGAAAAUGCCUUUUAUUUCUCCAAGUCUACUGAUAUGAAUUUGGAUGAUGAAUAAACUGUUA